UAAUCCAAAAGUUGUUUUUCUGAGCAGUUGUUUGCUAUUUACAGAUAGACCUGUAGCGUAUCCAGUCUACUGUAGAACUCCACUUUGUGAUAUCUCAAAACUAAGCCUGUAUGAAAGUUCAGUCUGGUUUAAAAGCAUCGUCGUUCGAUAUCGUUCUCUCGAGCCCGCAUUUUUGCUGCGAUAUUGUUGGUUAUACAAGACUUCUGUAGCUACCUGUCACUACUGGUCGAGGUGAACAUGAAAAUUAAAGCAGUGAAAUCCCCAGAUUGUUAGGCCUAGUCACCGCUCCAGACGGUAAAAGGUGUUGCUCAGAGACAUUCAAUGGCAAGCGGUGAUCAGACGGCAGAGAUUGGGGAACCUGGGAACAUGGAGGAGGUCAAUGAAGCUCAGGGUCUAGAGGACGGCCCCUCCCUCAAAUCCACCAUGGAGAGGAAUGGGAAGACCCAACCCGACAGCCCGGUGAAGGAGAAGAAACUGGGGAUGAUGAAGCAAUUCAGGGAGAGCAUGAAGCGGGUUGGAGAGAGGAGUCCUCUGGCCUCAAACAGCAAAGGGUCAAAGGACAGACCCUAUUCAGACCAGGGGGGGGACAGUAUUGACCCUGAAGUGACAUCUCUGACCCAUCAGCUGCCGCCCACUCACUCACCAAGUUUGAGUGCUGGGUCUCCUGUGGCCUCUCCCCUGAAGAGUCCAGACCCAUCAACCAUUGGGGACUCUCUUCUGAAGAAGGGGGCUUCCAUUCGACGGAGUUUGCGACUUGCGGGGAAUAAGAAGGACAAGACCCUCAAACAGGAGCCGCUCCAGUCUGUCACUGAGAUCACAGUGGAGGAGAAGAGGGAGAAGAAGAAAGAAGAGAUCAAUGAGUCAUACAUACUCCCAGAGAUACCCCUCAUACCACCCUCAGGUUUGAGUGCUGGGUCUCCUGUGGGCUCUCCCCUGAAGAGUCCGGUUGGGUUCUUCCAAAUAAAGGAGGGAGGAGAGAUUGCAGAAGAUUCACCAUCAUCCCAGAAAAAACACUCCAGAACACACUCAGACCCAUCAACCAUUGGGGACUCUCUUCUGAAGAAGGGGGCUUCCAUUCGACGGAGUUUUCGACUUGCGGGGAAUAAGAAGGACAAGACCCUCAAACAGGAGCAGCUCCAGUCUGUCACUGAGAUCACAGUGGAGGAGAAGAGAGCGGGGGAGGAGAGCGUUGAGAUCAAAGAGUCAUACAUACUCCCAGAGAUACCCCUCACACCCCUCUCAGUGAUGCAGAUCAACGAGCUGAUUAAGACUGAGGUGCUGGAGGAGGCCCACCUGAACCUCCUCUCCCUACGCCAGGAGUUCCAGCGGGAGAGGGAUGAGUGCACGGAGGAGGCCUCCCCCAUGGAGCUGGCAAAGAAGGAGAAGGACCUGAGCAUCCUUUACAUAGCCAUGCAGGAAAAGGUGAAGGAGAUAGUGCGCAACUCCAACAGCCUUCCCUCCCUCAACAAGGAGCUCCUGAUGCAUGUGGCCCGCGUCAUCCAGGAGGAGGAGAAGAGGGAGGCAGAGCCUGGGGGCGUGGUUGGGCUAGGGGACUGGCGGGGUGCCUGGAGGGAGGCUGUGAGCGAGGGGGUCGAGGCAACGUUGAAGAGAGUUCCUCUGGACAGGCCCGAGCAGAAUGCCUCCUGGCUGGCUAUCCACCUGGGUCUGCUGGGCAAGGCCAUCUUAAAAGACUUGGAGAAGGUGAAGAGAGAGCUGCAGGGCUCUUACCCACCCAGCUUCAACGUGUUCAGCACCUACAUGAGCUGUUACCAUGGUGCUGUCAGCCAGCACCUGAACACGCUUCAGCAGCAGGUGACAGAUCUGAAGGACUACUACGCCCUGCUGGACUGGAUCAUCAAUCGCUAUGAGAGUGAGAAUAUAAUGAGCAGUCCUUCAUUGAGACCAGAGAUAGAGGCUGAGAAAACAGGCCUCUCACUGGAGGAGGGCUUCCUGGACCAGCUCAAGGGGAAGUACUGCAUGCGGGCUAAGGAGGACAUGCGAGCUUCGCUGGAUAAAAUAUUAGAGCUUGAAAAUGAGGACAUUUGGAUAAAGAAACAGGCACCAGAGACCGAUGAUGAACACUUCUUGAACUCUGACAUACACAUGGAUAUUUGGACGAAUGUUAAGAGCAAUGCUGUUAACUCCAAGAGGAUUGAUGUGAACCUGGAGAUGAGAGUAGUCUGUUCCUGCCUAGAAGAGUUACAGCAGUUUCCCAAACGAUUUGAGACUAAAUUAAGGUACUGCUGUAACAGUGUGGAAAACCCUUCACUUUGGGCUGACUAUCAGAUAACCUACAUCAACAGCUUUACAGCUCUUAUGGAGCAUAUGGAGGGCUACAGGGAGAGCUGCCCAACACAGGUGGACCAUCUCAGCAGAGAGGUGGAUGGCCUGGUCCAUAGACUGGUCCAGAGCCUGGAGGACCAGUUUAAAAAUGAUGUCAGGCCCUACCUCAGGAGAAUGAUGACGAGGAAGUGGCUCUCCACAGAUGAGGACUUCCAACAGCUGUAUAGCAGGACAGAGAAGCUGACCCAUCGCUGUUCACAAAUGAGACCUCCAUAUGUACAGACCUUUUUGAGCUGCUUGCACUACUACGUGGUGAAAGAGUAUGUCUCCCAGCUGAUGAAAAACAACUACUCCUGUAAGAACAGGAAGCAUGACAAAGCCGCCACCAAGAUGAGGGCACAGUGGGAUAAACUCAAGGAUCUUUUUGAGGAAAUGACAACCCAUGACUGGCUCCACCCAGUAGGAGACCACCUGAGUAACAUCAUUGGGGAAACAAACAAGAGGGACAUAAAGAAGCACCUGGAACUUUUAGUUGCUGACUACCCAGACAUCAGUAAGAAGCACCUGUCGGCUGUGCUGUACUUCAGGGGCUUGAUGCGGGGCAGGGAGAGACAGGUGAUCCUGCAGCGUCUCACUGAGCUGAAGAGGGAACUGGGAACCGCAGGGAACAUUGGAGAUAAUAGAAGAGCCCUCUUCAGUGAUAUGCAGGUCACUGUCACCAAUACAGACUGUCUGGCUGACAUUCCGUUAUUCUGCUUCCUCCUCCCAGACAGCUAAUGAACGGACCUAGAUACAGGAGCCUACGACAGAGAUGUUAACCUAACCAAACUGUCUGAGAAAAAUAACAUACUGUAUCACAAGUAGGAUCACCUCACACAAAUCAAACUGAGAAUAAUGAUUCAUGUAAUCAAAGGGAUGCUUUAAGACACCUCAUUUGUUUCCUAUCAUGUAUUGUUACUCCAGCCCACUGUCGCAAAAAGAAGCUUAGGACACAAAUAAUAAUGGGGCUGAUUUGCUAAAUGAAAGAACAGCUUUAAUGUAGCAGAUUGUGGCUUCCCUCAAUGUAAUUGUCUGCAUUUCCAAUCCCCCAUAUCUUUAUUUGUAAAUAUGUCUAUUAAAAUAUAUAUAUAUAUAUAUAUAUAUAUAUUUUCCUUGAUUAUUUUCCCCUAACCCUACCAUCCCUCCCCUAAUUGGCAUAAACUAAUGGACAACAACACUUAGGCUUCUACUUCCAGCUUAUACAUGCUAUAUACAUUUUAUGGACACAGUAUAUUUUACAAUAGUUAUCUUUUUGUUUUUAGUCCCAUCCUUCAGCUCCACUCAACCCUUUCCAUCGAUCUCUGAACACUAUCCAGUUUUGCCAUAUAUUGAACACCAUUUCAUUUACCAUAUUUUGGAACUGUGCUGUGAUGUUUCACAAAACUUCUGAACCUUUCUAUUCUCAUAGAUUCUACAUAUUGUAAAUAAAGAAAUACUCAUUUGUCUAAGAGUAUUAUUAUAGUAUUGAUCGAUUGACUAUGACUUUUUGAAUCACCCAGCAGUGCUAUUUGCAAAGGGGGAAAUAACUUGGUCGGAGGUCUCGGGGCCCUCCCAUUUUGGGGGGCAUCUAAAGCACAUUUCCUGCAUUUCUACACAAUCUAAUAUGACCCAUGGCACUUCUAGCCAUCUCUCUUUAGAACAACAAAAAUUAAGCAAAAAUGCCCACAGUCAUCAAGCUAGAUGAGAGAUUAUUAAAUAUGCCUACGUGAUUGAUAAGACUGAACUAGAUCCAUGAUAAUUCAAUAAUCAAUGUUGUGUUGCACC